AAAUGUGAAUUACUCUUCAAUGUUUAUCUUUUACUUGAUAGAGAAGGCGGCGUCUUUGUGUAGGUCCUCAUGCACGCUACUUUCGUCUUUCAUUUUGUCUUCACUCUGCCUCUCCAAUAAUGGCAGCAGUCUCCGCCUUGUCUCCCUAAACCUCACCAGGACCUCCACUCUUUACUCUUGACUAACAGACCCCCAAUAGAAAUCAACAAAAAUGGUCUCAAAGCUUUCACUUUCCCCCGUGGAACCGUGCCCACCGGCUUCCAAUUCUUCAUUUUUGCGCCAUAGAGAGUUUUCGAAGUUGGGAUUUUCCCAAAGAACAUCUUAUUCUUCAGUCCACAGGUUAAGGUUUAAGAUUGUGGGUCAAUCUCUUGGAGAUAGAUGGAAGCUUAAUGAUAUUGACACCAGUGCAGUGCAAGACAGAUUGAAUUCGUGGCUAUCAAAGACUCAGAAUUUCUUCAACGAGGCGCUGGUGAAGACCGGUCACAGUGGGAAGCCUGAGCCGGGAAAUGAAUUUGAUAUUGAAGCGAUGGAGGAUAUAUUUAUGACUGAACAAACCAUUGAUAGUAAUACCCCCAGUGGGAUUCUUUCUUUAGCAGCUAUUGUGUCUAUCGAGCAAUUUAGCAGGAUGAAUGGUUUGACUGGACAGAAAAUGCAGAAGAUAUUUAAAGCUCUUGUUCCUGAACCUGUAUACUCUGAUGCCCGUAACUUAGUCGAAUAUUGCUGCUUUAGGUUUUUGUCAAGAGAUAACUCAGACAUCCAUCCCUGCCUGAAGGAACCUGCAUUUCAAAGAUUAAUUUUCAUCACAAUGCUUGCAUGGGAGAAUCCUUACUGUGAAGAAAAAAAUUCCUUGGCUUAUCUUCCAGAGAAAGCUUUUUUUCAGAAGAAGAAGCUUGUAGGAGAAGAGGCUUUUGUUCGUAUAGCUCCUGCUGUCUCUGGUGUGGCUGAUCGAGCCACGGUGCAUAACCUUUUCAAGGCUCUUGCUGGUGAUGAACAGGGCAUAUCUCUAAGCUUGUGGUUAAAUUUUGUCAAUGAACUUCUCAAAGUGCAUGAAGGGCGAAAAUCAUACCAGAUUCGUGAGUCUUCUCAGCUUUCAAGGGAGAGGAUCCUAUGCAUUGGUUCCAGCAGGAAAAGGCCUGUUAUAAAAUGGGAGAAUAGUAUGGCAUUGCCAGGAAAACUUACUUUAACUGAUAGAGCACUGUAUUUUGAGGCCGUUGGCUUGCUGGGGCAGAAAGGUGCCAAAAGGCUUGAUCUCACAAUAGAUGGAUUAGGGGUGGAGAAAGCAAAAGUUGGACCUUUGGGUUCUGAUCUUUUUGAUUCAGCUGUCUCUGUUUCAUCUGGCAUCAAGUCAGAGACAUGGGUGCUGGAAUUUGUUGACUUGGGAGGUGAGUUAAGACGGGAUGUUUGGCAUGCAUUCAUCAAUGAAGUUAUUGCUUCACACAAGUUUAUUAGUGAGUAUGGACCCAGGGAUAGUGAUCAAUCAAUAUUUCAAGUAUAUGGUGCCCACAAAGGGAAGGAAAGGGCUAUCACAAGUGCUGCCAACAGUGUUGCAAGACUGCAGGCCCUUCAGUAUAUGCGCAAGUUGUUGGAUGAUCCUAUAAAACUUGUACCAUUCUCAUACUUGCAAAAUGCACCCCAUGGUGAUAUUGUUUGCCAAACUCUUGCUGUAUAUUAUUGGGGUGGACCUUUGGUUACUAAAUUCAGAGAGGCAGGAGGAAAACCUGCUCAAGAAAUAAAACCUUUGGAUGCGACAUAUGAAAGUAGUUAUCAUGUGUUUGACGUUGAUGGAAGUGUUUACUUGAGGAAGUGGAUGAUGUCUCCAUCCUGGGCUUCCAAUGUUUCUACAAGUUUCUGGAAAAACUCUUCAGUAAGACAAGGAGUAAUAUUAAACAAAAAUCUUGUUGUAGCAGGUAUGACUCUGGUAGAAAGGGCAGCAUUAAUAUGCAAAGAGAAGUCUCUGACAGUAGAAAAAACUCAAGCCACAAUUAAUGCUGCAAUGAUUAAAGGGAUACCGUGUAAUAUUGACCUUUUCAAGGAACUUAUGCUUCCUUUGACUUUAACAGCCAAGCAAUUUGAAAAACUUAGACGCUGGGAGGAGCCACACCUGACUAUCUCCUUUCUUGCAUUUGCUUAUACUAUUAUUUUCAGGAAUUUGCUGUCGUAUAUAUUUCCCAUUUCACUGAUGGUUUUGGCAGCUGGUAUGCUGACACUUAAGGGGUUGAAGGUGCAAGGCCGCCUGGGAAGAAAUUUUGGAAAAGUUACUAUCCGCGAUCAGCCUCCUUCAAAUACUAUUCAAAAGAUUAUAGCAGUAAAAGAUGCCAUGCGCGAUGUGGAAAAUUAUCUCCAGAAUCUGAAUGUGACGCUUCUAAAAAUACGCACAAUAUUUCUUUCAGGGCAGCCUCAGAUAACAGCUGAGGUAGCUCUGGUAUUGUUAACUUCUGCAACCGUUCUAUUAAUUUUUCCAUUCAAGUACAUUCUUGCAUUCCUUCUCAUGGAUCUCUUCACACGGGAGCUUGAUUUUCGAAGGAAAAUGGUAAAAAGGUUCAUAACUUUCCUGAAGGAGCGUUGGGACACAGUUCCUGCAGCCCCUGUAAUUGUAUUACCAUUUGAAAGUGAUGAGUCCAGAGCAGCAAUUCAAACAAGGGAAACAACUGAACAAGCUAUCAAAAAGAAGUUAGAGACGUGGCAAGAAUAGGUAGUGGGCCAUGCAUUACAGUAUUUUGACUGCUUGAGUGGAUUAGCACAUCAGCCAGGAUAGAAUGACAUGGUGGAGAAAUUAUUAGAUCUAAUGAGAUGCUGAUAUAUAUUGUCACCAGUUGAAUCAAAAUCCAAAAAGAUUUGACUGGAUAAGGAUCCAGGUUUGUUGCUGAUCUUUGCAGAACAUCAGAUAACAUUUUGAGCUUUGAAUACAUUUAUGGAGUUGAAUGCAUCCAAUCUUCAACUGAUAGGGCUCCAUGAUUUAUGGUUGACCAAGUAGGUGCUUCACAUUUUACAAUACUUCCAUUUGGGGCAAGUUCCUGCUUGUUAUUCAGUGAGAUUACAACAUGUUCUAUAUUAUGAUCAACUACUAUCUCUUGUACUAAAUCAGGUGGGAGUUUCACGGAAACUGUUUUCCCUGUAGGAUGUAAUCUCUUUUGUAAGUCUCUAGUAUGUAUGUAUCUGUGUCCUUUUAAAAUAUGGAAAAGUACAGCUUUUGUAAAUGUUCCUAGACAGCUGUAAAACUCAUUGUUGUUGGCGAAUUUUCAAAGAUGGCUUGUCAUCAACUUUCUGCAAUAGCAAGAGGCCUUUUAUUAUAUAACUUUGUGGUAAAAGAAAGGUUGUAUGAGGCUGCAAAGUACCGGUGUUCCAGAGUAGCUUACUUGACCAGUCUAUGUACCCAGGUGGUGCAUAUUGUUUGACCAUUCCAUGAAAGGGAUUGAGAUCACGCAUAUUCUUAGGCUGAAGUUGGAAUAAAUGCAUGUAAGUGAUUUGUUAUCAAAAGGAUACCUUACUCAGGAUCUUGACACUUUGUGAAGACAGGUAUCGAGAAUCACUUGAAGUAUACUAAUCGAAAUUUGCCCUGUAAGCCUGUAUAUUUUUAGUGUUUUCAUUUUACUUGUUAAAUAAUAUGAUUCUUCAUAUAUGCUCUAUUUGCCCUCUA